AGUUACCUGGGGGAACCAGUUCCUUUGACGUUCCGCCUGAGUUGACAUCACCAGCCCUCUGUUCGUUACUUUGCCAACAGCCAACUGCCAAAACAAACAUCAGAACCGAAAAGCGCAGUCCGAUUGUCAAACAAAUGCAAAAGCUGGAUGACCGAAUAAAAACUGUGGAACAAACAAAUUGAUGGCGGAGGUGCACAUAAUCGGACAAAUACUGAAAGCAGUUGAUUUCGCGGAGCCUCAUUUGUACUGCAAGUGGUGCCUGCAAAGCGGCAACGCCUGGCGUCUGGUGCAGGGCGAGGUGCAGGGACAGAGCCCUGUGGCGUCGCACCGGCUGCAGAACUGCUCCGACUUUGUUCAGCCACUUGACAUCCACCUGAGCAGCGCCGCCAUUCAGGGUUGGCCCCGACUCCUGGUGGAAGUAUACGCCGUCAACGUCCUGCAACAGUCCUGGCCCGUGGGCUACGGCUUCGCACACAUCCCGACUACGCCCGGAGCACAUCGACUUGAGAUUGCCACCUGGAAGGUUGCACCUAGCGGCUGGUGGCAGAGCUUGCGGGAGAGGUUCGGCGGUGGAGGAGCUGCCCUGAGCAAAACGGAUCUCCUUUUCUCUGGAGUGGAAAGGUACAAGCUACAAACUCUCACCUCUGGCAAGGUAAUCGUUGAUCUGAAGUUGAUAUUCCGAAGAUUCGAGGACUACGGAGUGGAGUUUAAGUAACCAUGGACCGUCGAUUCCUUCUCGUUUUGCUUGGUGGCCUUGUAUUGCCGGUCUUAACCAUUAAAAUAGGCAUUUCGCACGACAUCAAUGAAACUGUGAUUCCGUCGCGAUCUACUCGAAUAGAGUCCCUAUCAACCACACCUCUUCCAGACCCCAAUGAUGCGAUAAGUUCUGCUAAUCCAAUGCCAGAAGUGGCCAGUUCUCCGAGUAAUUUGUUCCCGCCCCGCCCCCAAAAUAGAGCUAGGACCACGUCGGUUCCGGCAACCAGCACUACGAAAGCCUCCAUCGCAGAAACCACUCAAGUCCCUCCUUCGAAACCGAUUCCUACUCAUCCUCCUAACUACUACUGCUCCUGCGAUGUCCAGGCCGGUAGGUGCAACCUCAAUUGCUGCUGUGACCACGAUUGCAACUCGGAGGUUCGAAAGGUUUUUAGCUGUCUUUCGAGCACAACCUCCCCGGAAGUUCAAGCCAAGCUGGAAGACUUUCAAUACAACCAUGGUCUGCCCUCCUGCCAGAUCAACGAUGGAUGGCUGUGUGUUUUUCGCAGCAACUUGAAGCCAACUAAUGUUCCAGCCCUAAGCUUAAACCUCAAUGCUGACUCUCAAAAGAAAUGGCCGGAUUUGGAAGCCUAUGAUGGCAACCCCAUAGAGACCCGAUCCUCCAGUUUGUACUACAAAUUUGGAGAGCCCCUUCAACUCUGGCAACCUGAAAGUAAUGAGCUGACUACCUUAGAGCUCCCGAUUUCCUACGAAAGCUCUCAGUGCAAAUUGAAACAAGCCGUCCGUCACCUGCAAUCAGUUUCCAGUCACUGUCCGAUGAAGGAUGCUAAUCAGUUGCAGGAAAGUCUCUGGGAUAUAAUGAAUUUUACAAGCACCAGUCAAUUGCUAGGAAAACCCCGAGAUCCCGAGGAAACGGAGCAUGAUGGAAUAACCAUACAAGUCUGCCAAAGAGAUGUUGGUGGCAAAACGGUUUGUGAAAAGCAAGGAAAUGAGACCCAAUUGGAUGCUCUACCAGAAGCUUUGGAACUGCAGUUUAUCCACAAUUUUACAAACAUUCUCGAGGCCAAGCUAAUAAUUGGACCAAGUGCUUCAUGGACCGAGGAUGAAAAUGAGCCUGUUUGGCUAACCUACGAAGUAACUUUUAUCUCCGUAAACGAACCUAUCGCCAAACCCACUUCAGGUCCACUCGGUUACCUUCCCAGUUCUCCGCUGAUUGUCUCUAAAAGUUUGCCUCUUAACAGUAGCGGAGAUCAGCAAGUCCUGAGCUAUUAUCAGGACUCGAAAGAGUUCCAUUGGCUUCCCUUGCUUUCCCGCAAGCCGAAGAGCAGGAUCUGUCAAAGAAAACUGGACGAAGAUAAAGCUCUUCGAUUCGGCGUGAAUCUGCAAAAGGAGUGCCAUCUUACCAAGGCUGCACCUCUUCUCCAGGAAACAGCCAAUCAUACAGAGUACUGCCAAGAGUUGCAGACGGAGAUCUGGGCCAUGUUACUACCCCACAACGUAACCCACCUGGACGACAUUGGCCAGGUGUACAUCUCGCAGAUGGGCAAACCUCAACCAAAAAAGUGGCUGCCCAUACAACUUCACUAUCCAGGGAAUGCCAAUGAAGUUCCUAACGUACAUGGUGUCUACGAUGAUCAACAGCAAAGCCUUAGUUGUCGCAACAUCUUCUUGAGCGUGAAGUAUGAGUUCCACAUGGCCGAGAUGACAUUACUGGAAGGAGCAGCCACUUAUCAAAAUGUCCUGCAUCACGCUAGCCUGGUCCUGGGUCAGCGGCAUGAUCUGGAGUUCGAUUCUAACGAACAGCAAGUCGCCCUGCCUCUGAGCAUAUCCGUCAUGUUCUACAACAUGCAGAAGAAAGUAUCCAUUAAUGGGGCACAGCUUUACCUUGCGAAUCCUUUCUUGUCGAUUUUAAUUACAUAUUGGAUGUUUACCUUUAUUUAAUGCCUCUUAUUUUAUGUAAACUUAUUUAAAAUAAAAAAACAAAGAAUGUUAA